AUGCCCGCCUACAUAGUCGCUGUAGGUGCCUCUCGUGGCGACCCCCGCACCCCGUUCUUUGAGGGGUGUUCUACUCCCCCCCUUCUUCCCUCUGUCGCCUCUGCUGCUGCUGUCGACCUCCUUGGUGCUGAGAAGGUCGGGACUGCGUCUGCUUCGAGCGGACGCCGCAGCGGCAAGGGCAAAGGGGGCAAGGGAGGCGGAGGUCACAGUGGGGGAGGAGGUGGUGGGGGCGGUGGCGGCGGUGGGGGUGGUGGCGCGGCUGGAGGGAGCCAGCAGCACACUCCGUCGCUCCAGGAGGUCCGUGAGUGGUACUCUCAGCACGGGGGGGGGGGGGGGGGUGGGCUUAGCUGCACGUACGUCAUCCGCACUGGUGACCGCGCUGGUCAGACGUGUGGGAGGGCCCACACCGCGCAGCGCUGCUUCUCUCGUCUCAACGACGCUUGGCGUGUUCAGUUCCCUCAGGCCUCUGAGCUGCCCCGCUGGAUUGAUCUCCUGAAGAAGGGGAUUGAUAUCUAUGCUCUAGACUUUGAUGCUAUUCUCACUUCCAUGUAUGUGAUGUCUACUAGUGGAGAGGGUGCCGAGUACCUGUGUGUUCCGCCCGACCCGGGCAUUAGGACCAGUGAGUCUGCCGCUUCAGGUCCGCGCGUGUCUGCUACCUCAGGUGCUGGUACGGCUGCUGCUCUAGGUGCUUGUGCGUCUGCGCCCACUGGUACUGAGUCGACUGCAGCACUGCACACCUUCGCACUGGACUCAGGUGCUUCUCGCUGUUUCUUUCGUGACCGCACUGCCCUUGAGCCACUUUCUCGGCCAGUUGCUGUCUCCCUCGCUAACCCCUCCGGGGGACCAGUCGUGGCGACCUCCUCCACUGUCCUUCCCUGUCCUGCGGUCCCGUCGGGCACACUGUCCGGUCUCCACCUCCCCUCGUUCUCUACGAACCUGGUGGCUGGGUGUGCGCUCCAGGACGCGGGUGUUCACCAGUUCACCCCGGCCUACGAGCGCGUGACGCACUGCACGUGUGCCCGUACGGGCCGCCACUUGGCUACCUUCACUCGGAAGCCGGGGUCGGACCUGUACACACUGACCACUGAGUCCCCUCAGGUCGCUGCGUCUGCGUCUGCGUCAGGUCAGCUGUCGGCCCCCUGCUCGUGUCGCUCUCUGGCGCACGAGACUGUCCUCUGGCACCACCGACUUGGCCACCCGUCUGUGCAGCGCCUUCGCGCCAUGCACUCCAGGUACCUUGUCUCUGGUCUUCCCAGGGUCCUCCCUCCUCUCCCUCCCUCGCCUGCUCCUCCCUGUCUUCCCUGUGUCGAGGGGCGGCAGCGCGCCGCUCCUCACUCCUCCUCCUUUCCCCCGACGAUUGCUCCCUUGCAGACGCUCCACAUGGACGUGUGGGGCCCAGCCCGCGUCCGUGGUCAGGGUCAGGAGAGGUACUUCCUGAUAGUUGUUGACGACUACUCGCGCUACACCACAGUCUUCCCCUUGCGAGCCAAGGGUGAGGUCCCUGAUGUUUUGAUCCCUUGGAUCCGCAGAGCUCGUCUCCAGCUCAGCGAGCGUUUCCACUCGGACUUUCCUGUCCUGCGCUUGCACUCUGACAGAGGUGGUGAGUUCUCCUCCGACCUCUUAGCAGCCUACUGUGCUGAGCACGGCAUUGAGCAGUCGUUCACGCUUCCGGCCUCUCCACAGCAGAAUGGGGUUGCGGAGCGCCGCAUUGGCCUAGUCAUGGAGGUCGCCCGUACCUCCUUGAUCCAUGCGGCUGCCCCCCACUUUCUGUGGCCGUUUGCGGUCCGGUACGCUGCGCAUCAGCUCAACCUCUGGCCCCGUGUCUCCUUGCCGGAGACCUCGCCCACGCUGCUGUGGACGGGGGAGGUUGGCGAUGCGUCGCGUUUCCGGGUCUGGGGAUCUCGAGCUUUUGUCCGCGAUACGUCCGCGGACAAGCUCUCCACCCGCGCUGUUCCCUGCGUCUUCCUUGGCUUUGUCCCUGACGCGUCUGGUUGGCGGUUUUACCACGCCACCUCGCGCCGGGUCCUUGCCUCUCAGGACGUCACGUUUGACGAGUCCGUCCCCUACUACCACCUCUUCCCCUACCGCACUGCCCCGCUCCCCCCCCCGCCUCUCUUCCUCGUGCCAGGUGCCGCUGUGGUAGACCCCCUCCCCCCUCAGGGUGCCGCUCCCUCAGGUGUGUCCCAGGUAGACCCGGUUGAGCCUGUUGAGGUAGCUGUUGACUCUCGUCCUGCUGUGGGUGCGGAGCCUGGGGGUGCGGAGUCUGGGGGUACUGAGCCUGGGAGUGCUGAGCCUGAGGGUACUGAGCCUGGGGGUGCUGAGACUGGGGGUGCGGAGCCUGGGGGUGCUGAGCCUGGGGGUGCUGAGCCUGGGGGUGCGGAGCCUGGGGGUGCGGAGCCUGCGGUUGCGGAGCCUGGGGGUGCGGAGUCUGGGGGUGCUGAGCCUGGGCGUCCUGAGCCUGGGGGUGCUGUGCCUGGGGGUGCUGAGCUGCCGAGUUCUGGGUCUGGGAGUGCUGAGUCUGGGGGUGCUGAGCCUGGGAGUCCUGCGCCUGGGGGAGCUCUCUCCUCGGAGCGGCUACCGCGUGGUGUCGCGGACCCUGGUGCUGGAGGUGCUGCUGCUGUUGCUGGAGGCCCUGCUAGUGCUGCUGGUGCUGCGGACCCUGACGCAGGAGCUGCUGCUGGUGCUGCGGACCCGGGAGCUGGAGCUGCUGCUGGUACUGCGGACCCUGGCGCUGGAGCUACUGCUGGUGCUGCGGACCCUGGAGCUGGAGCUGCUGCUGGUGCUGCGGACCCUGACGCUGGAGCUGCUGCUGGUGCUGCGGACCCGGGAGCUGGAGCUGCUGCUGGUACUGCGGACCCUGGAGCUGGAGCUGCUGCUGGUGCUGCGGACCCUGGAGCUGGAGCUGCUGCUGGUGCGGCGGACCCUGGCGCUGGAGCUGCUGCUGGUGCUGCGGACCCUAGAGCUGGUGCUGCUGGAGCUGCCGCGGGUGCUGGUGCCGUCUCUCCUGGUUCUGGAGUCACUGAGCGGCCCCGACCGUACUUCGUUCCGCUUCUCCAGCAGGUUCUUGGUCAGCCUCCUCCUCCUUGUCCUGCUCCCUCCUUAGAGUGUCCUCCGCCGGUCCCGUCGCAGUCGCAGUUCCCGCCUCCCUCGCCGCUCCCCGGUCCUUCUCCUUACACUGGUCCCACAGGAGGCCUUACGGAGCGUCGUGAGCCUGAGUCUCGUCCUGUGUCGCCUGCGUCUCGCUCUGCGUCGCCUGUCCGUGCUGCUCGCACUCGUCGUCGUGUCCCGCGUGAGCGUCCUCCUCCUGUCCCUGGCACUCACUACAUGACUCUGCGUCCCUCCACUGCUCCUCAGCGUGUCCUUCUGCCGUCUCCUCCUGCGUCCUCUCUUCCUGAGCUUCCUGACCCGGAGUCUGACUCCCUUCGUGCUGCCCGUCCUACUGUCACGCGUCUCCUUGCUACUGUUGUCACUGACCCUACCUUUGAGUCCUCUGCUGCCUCUGCUCUCGUCGCUGAGUUAGUUGACUUUGCUGCCGCUUGUCGUCUCGACUACGCCGCUAGCCUAGUUGCUGAGUCUGAGUCUGUCUGUCCUCCGUCCGUCGGGGGUGAGUGUGCUCUUGGCACGGACGUCCUUGAGGAUAGGCAGGAGGAGUUCCAGUGCUUUGCUGCUGCUUUACCUCAUCUCGUGUCCAUGCUAGUUGCCCCUGAGGGAGACCCGGAUGCACCAGACAUCCCGACCCCGCGCUCUUACGCAGAGGCGAUAGCGGGUCCCUACUCCUCUCAGUGGCAGACAGCCAUGGACGCAGAGAUGGCUUCCUGGAAGUCCACAGGCACCUACGUCGACGCUGUUCCCCCACCAGGGGCGAACAUCGUCAGUGGCAUGUGGAUUUUCAGGGUGAAGCGGCCGCCGGGUUCUCCGCCUGUCUUCAAGGCGCGUUACGUUGCUCGAGGCUUCAGCCAGCGUGAGGGAGUCGACAUCUUCCAGACCUUCUCCCCCACCCCGAAGAUGACCACUCUUCGAGUGCUGCUGCACAUAGCCGCUCAGCGUGACUACGAGCUUCACUCUCUUGACUUCAGCACUGCUUUCUUGCAGGGUAGUCUGCACGAGGAGAUCUGGCUGCGCCGCCCUCCUGGCUUCACUGGGUCGUUUCCUCCUGGUACCCAGUGGAGCCUCCGCCGGCCGGUCUACGGUCUCCGCCAGGCGCCACGUGAGUGGCACGACACACUGAGGACUACACUUGCGGCACUUGGGUUCGCGCCUUCUACUGCUGACCCGUCGCUGUUUCUACGCACAGACACUUCGUUGCCACCGUUCUACAUCCUCGUGUACGUCGACGACUUGGUCUUUGCCACUGCUGACACUCAGGCUCUCGCCCACGUGAAGCCGGAGCUGCAGAAGAGACACACGUGCACAGACCUGGGUGAACUGACAAGCUACCUUGGCUUGCGGAUCACCCGGGACAGAGCACGGCGCACCAUUACGUUGACUCAGUCACACAUGGUGCAGCAGGUCCUUCAGCGCUUCGGCUUCACGUACUCCUCGCCUCAGUCCACUCCUCUGCCUACCGGUCACUCGCUCUCAGCUCUGCCUUCGGAUGAGUCCGUAGAGCCAAGUGGCCCGUAUCCAGAGCUUGUGGGCUGCCUCAUGUACCUCAUGACCUGCACUCGUCCUGACCUUGCAUACCCUCUUAGCAUCCUUGCACGCUAUGUCGCUCCUGGCCGUCACCGAAAGGAGCACAUGGAUGCCGCUAAGAGGGUGUUGCGCUACUUGUGCAUUCUCAGCUCCAGUUGUGAGGCUGAGAUCUACGCCACAGCCAUGGCAGCCCAGGAGCUACGCUGGCUCACCUACCUGUUGACCGACUUGGGAGAGCGGCCUCGUUCUCCUCCAGUGCUGUACGUCGACAACAAGGCUGCCAUUGCAUUGUGUGAGGAGCACAGACUGGAGCACAGAACGAAGCACAUCGCUCUGCGGUACUUUCUGGCUCGUGAGAUGCAGCAGCAUGGUCAGCUUUGUCUGCGUUACGUGGCCACUCAGGCCAACACUGCUGACGUGUUCACCAAGGCGCUUCAGCCUUGUGACCAUCAGCGCUUCUGUACUCUUCUAGGCCUUGUGCCUACUGGACCUCACUUGCUUACUUCUUGA